GGUCGGAUAGCCGUGACGCAAUGGGGGCACUUGACUGAGUCGUAUAUUUAGUAUUGAUGACCUGGUCCAACCGGCUUAUGGCAUUAACCCCUGUCCACUCUCUCCGUUUACCUAGGCACACUACCUAUUGCCAAUCAACACCCUUCCACACCAAAAUCAUAUGCAUUACACUACGGCACAUACAUACUAUGUAGUAGAGUUUAGAGAAACUCCCUGCAUUCGUGGCUGAGAAUAGAGCUGGUAUAAGAACAGGGUAUGUGGCGUUGGCUCAAUUUCAUCAUUUGAAUACCUAAUGUAUGUACACUCCUGUACACUCCAAGGCCUGCACGAAGAGGCUUAAAACCUGUUUCGUCACUCCACAUGCUUCAAUGCUGCCAAAAUUAGUCGCUACUCCGACAAGUAUUACCUCCUUUUCUGUUAGAACACGAGGGAUCUUCUAAGUGUUAGUGGAGUUCAUCCGUUGUACUUCUUAAUCAAUUGGCCUUAUGGCUCUUUCUACGCUCGGGUUACUCACGGUCGGCGCCAUCCCAACAGUCAUUGGUGUCGCAGAAGCAAUUGACGCCCAGAAGAAGCAGAACCAACAAGCGAAGGAGAGAAUAAAAUUCAAAUUAACGGCAAACUUCUCACACGACGACGUUGCGCCGCCUCAAGAUGCUUCCGUAGUCUUCAAGGACAAGAAGCUCUAUCUAAACCACCCGGCAUGUCCAGUGGAGGGUUAUCCGUUUAACGGCUUCUAUUUUGGUUACCCCGGACUCGAAAAUCACCAAGGCUUAGUAGCGCCCAUAGCGGACGACCCGCCGAUGCUCAACUGGAUAUACGCUGACAAGGACACGGGACUACUACGUCACGGGUCAAGAUCGGAGACCGUUGGCCACAUCGUUGGGCCUUGGAGUUGGACAGAAGAUGAGGAGUGGUUAACACUCGAGAACGGACAGAAUUUUGUAGCCGUUGAGAACGAUGAAGGUUCGUGGAAUAUUCACUACGACAAGGAAGGAAAUUUAGACGAGAUAUUGGACCGCGACGUAGUAGAUAUAAAUUUGCAUCGCGAGCUGCAGCUUGGAGUAUCUAGUCGAUAUACGAGGGACUAGCAUAUAAUUCGAUAAUAAAGUACAUGUUCGGUACUCCUAGGUAAAUACUUGUUUUUAGAGCUAACUACAUAACCUUCACGUUAUACCUAC